AAGUGUGGUAGCGCUGUUUUUCGGAACAUAUGGUAUGCCUUGCAUGUUUUGGCAACUCUGCCACAAGAGCACGAAUCAAAAUAAACGUGCGCGGUGUUUACUUUUCUGUCGCUUUAAACAACAAGUACAACAAAUUUGAAAUGGCUGGACGUGGGCGUGGUGGAAAGACAGGCACACUUACAGCCGAGCAGUUACAAGCCCUUGGGUGCGUGGGCAAAGAUAUGCCACAAGUCCAAACAGCUCCUCCACCAACUUUUCCGCCAGUGCUCAAUAAGCCCAUUGCACUUGAAACAACUGCCGUACAGAACUAUCAGCUUCUCUGGAAGGAAGACUUUCUGAACCGCAUGCGCGACUCGCCCUACUACAUAAUUUCGGCAAGCCAGGAAUUACAGAAAACAGAACUUAAGGAUUGGCGCGAGAAAGCGGUGGAGCGUUUAAAGCAUAAGGCUCUUCCCGAAUUCAACUACAAAGCCAUGCCCCGGGAGUUGAACACGACACAUCGCAAACGACGUGGAGUGGAUGCCAAACCCAAAAUACUAGCUAAAAAGACAAACAUUGAAGACAGACUGAAGGUUCUAGAGCAAAAAGAACUCAAGACCAGUGGCGAUAACGACACCGAUGAGGUUAAAGUUAAGCAGGAGUCCGACUCAGAUCAUGAAGAUGAAGAUCAAGAAGAUCCCGAGGCGGCACUGGACGAUGAAAUGGAUGAGGAGAAUGACUAUGGGAACAGCUAUUUCGAUAAUGGUGAAGCCUAUAAUGAAGAAGAUGACAACUUGGACGAUGGUCCCGUCUACUAAAUGCACAAAUAAAUAAUUUGAUAAACUGUA